CCAAAAUCACCAAUUUAGUCCAAAGUCUUCCUUCCAAGAAAAAAAAAAAACAUUUGUUCUUCUUCCAUUCAAAACACAACACCAUAAACUCAUAGUGUCGACAUGGUGUGCCAAGAAGAGCCAUUAGUGAACACAAUAAGUGAAUUGUAUUCAAAAAUUGCAAGCCUUGAAAGUCUGAAACCAUCCGAGGAUGUCAACAUGUUGUUCACACAACUUGUUUUAACUUGCAUGCCUCCUAAUCCUAUUGAUGUCACAAAAUUAUGCCAUCAAAUCCAAGAAAUGAGGUCUAAGUUAAUUACCCUUUGUGGUGAGGCUGAGGGUUUACUUGAGAAACAUUACUCUACUAUUUUAGCCACUUUUGAUGUCCCUUUACAACACCUUGACAUCUUCCCUUAUUUUAACAACUACCUUAAGCUUAGCUUGCUAGAGUACAACAUCUUGACACAAAACUCGAGUCACGGGGCGGGCCCGCCGAAGCAGGUCGCCUUCGUGGGGUCCGGCCCGCUUCCUCUGACGUCGAUCGUCCUCGCUCGUAACCAUCUCCCCGAGGCUCGGUUCGAUAACUACGAUAUCGACUUCGAGGCGAACGAGAUGGCGGCCCGUUUGGUGGAGCCCGACCCGGACUUGUCGGGCCGGAUGAAGUUCCACACUAAGGAUGUUAUGAGUUUGGGGAAGGAUGAGCUUGAGGAGUAUGAUGUUGUUUUCUUGGCUGCCCUUGUUGGGAUGAAUAAGGAGGAAAAGGUUAAGGUCAUCCAUCACUUGGCUAAACACAUGGCACCCGGGUCGACCCUAAUGGUUCGUAGCGCCCACGGCGCUCGAGCCUUUUUGUACCCAGUUGUCGAGCCCGAUGACCUUUGCGGGUUCGACGUGUUGUCGGUUUUUCACCCGACCGACGAGGUGAUCAACUCGGUCGUGAUCGCGAGGAAGGCCGUGGAUCGGUCUUCCCCGGUGUACUCAAUGGAGUGGGAGCAAAACCAUACACAUAACUUCUCUCCAAUAAGGAUGCAAAGUUGCAAGUGUUUGGAGAUUCAACCAUUUAACCCUUUGAACCAUGGAAGCAUCAUAGGAGAACUAGCCUCUAGUGCCCAUCAAUAAGCUUAAGCUAAGCUAAAACACUUGCCAUUUUGUCCUUGUUCUAAUCUUUAUGUGUUCGUUAAGUUAUUCCACCAUUGUUACCGAUGAACUUUCUUUUUCACCAUCUCGUCGCCAUUCAACCCGGCCCGGCCCCUUUGUUCAAUCCAUUGAUCAUCAUCUUCUAUAGUAUUUCCAUUUUCAUGGAAGGAAAUUGCAUGUCCUAUACAUGAAAUGUGGUCCAAUGAACCCUAAUGUGUUUUUUGUCAUGAUCAUUUUUGGUUUCACUAAUUAAGUUUCUUUCAUCCAAUAACUUUCCUAAUGAAUCCAAACUUGAUCAACGUACCCGGUGGCAGUUUUAAAUCAUUUAAGGGUAAGAUUGCGUACAUUCUGGUUGCAGUAUGAUCAAAAUGAUCAUAGUAAUUGUUGUGUUUCUAAAUUGAAGAAAAUAAAAAUCAUAAUGAAAUUCCCAUGGCACAUCUAUCAAGGUAGAUUUGAAUAAAUGCUCUUUUGAUAUUUCAAGGUAAUAUGAUUGGGGGUUUAUUUUAUCUUGGGAGGAGAUAUAUUAUGUUCGUUGGUCCCAUCUCCAAUUGGAAGAUGAAUCUAAUUCUAAAUAAUUGGGGAUGAAUGAUGUGACUAGCCACAGUGAAGAAGAUACAACAUGGAAGCCAAGGUGACAUUUUCGUCAAUGAAUUUAUGGAUUUUUAGGAGUCUUUUUUAAUAUUUUUAAGUCAUUUUCAUGAAAUAUAUAUAUAUGAAAAUAUUUAUGUGUGGACUACACAUAUUUAGUCAUUGCUGCAGCUAGUUGUAUUUGUCACUAGAAUAAGCAGCACAAAUUAAUUCAACAAUGUUAAAUCAAUGUUAUGUUACUUAUAAAUGUAUGCUACGUAAUUUAUGUAUUAUUGUAUGUGAAUUUUCUCAAGAA